UUAUCCUACGCGCUCACACACACUUUUUUUCUCUAGUCUCUUCCCUUCUUCCCAUUCCUUUCAACCUCUCUCUCCACAACAAACAAACCGCGUCCUCCGAUCCGACGCCGUUUUAGAUGGAUUUCGCCCCCCACGAUGAACCACCUACCUCGCAUAUUCGGCCAUAGGAAGCAACACCACACCAUGAGGAAGGCGCGGAGCAAGCAACAGCCCAAGCUCGAGCGCCGCAACGCCGCCAAGCACUUCGAAUACGACGCCGCAUCGUCCUCCUCGUCGCACGACUCUUCCUUCUCAUCGCCCUCGCCCUACACGCGCUCCAUGGAGUUCUACGACCGCACCAGCUUCCGCAUCGAGGGCGUCGAGGGCGAGUUCGACCGGAUUUGCCGCAGCCUCGGCCUCUCCGGCCCGGAGGACUUCUCCAUUCCGGCCGCCGCCUGGGAGGCCAUGAAGCUCCGCUCCUCCUCCGACCUCCUCCCGCGCCGCCAGCAUCGAGGCGCCGAGGAGGCCGAGGAAGAGGCGAAGGAGGAGGUGCCGGAGAGUGAGGAUCGGGUUAGCGUUAGGGUUUCGGACGAGUGUGUCGUUCCCCCUGAGAGUAGUGGUUGCUGCGGUGGGAUUAAGGGUUUUCGACCUCCGAUGCUGAAGCCGCCGCCGGGGGUUAGGAUUUCGGUCGUGGACGAUGCCACGUGUUCCACGUGGGAUUUGAUGCGGGAUUUUGCGCCGAAAGGGGAAGGAGGGAAGGGGAGUUACGCGGAGUUGAGUGAUUCCGAUGAUGAUCGAGGAGAGAAGGAAAAGGAGGAGGAGGAGGAGGAGGAAGAAGAAAGGGAGGUUGGUGGAGUGAGAUUGAAGGGAGAGGAGGAGGAGGAAAACGCGGCGAGGAUUGCGGAGAUUGUGGAUGAGUUUUCUGGGUUUUCUACUUCGAACGAAGAUGAUACUUCCAGCACUACCACGGGACCUAGGUCUAAUAAUAUAUCUCCCAAUGCGAGAAUCAAGCGUAUUAUUAGCGCGGGUAAUUGGCAGAAGGGUGAGCUUUUGGGGCGUGGCUCGUUUGGCUCUGUGUAUGAAGGGAUUUCUGAAGAUGGAUUCUUUUUUGCUGUAAAAGAAGUUUCAUUACUUGACCAGGGGAAUCAGGGAAGGCAAAGUGUAUAUCAACUGGAACAGGAAAUUGCACUUUUGAGUCAGUUUGAACAUGAGAAUAUUGUUCAAUACAUUGGCACUGAAAUGGAUGCAUCAAAUCUUUAUAUCUUUAUCGAGCUUGUAACCAAAGGUUCCCUUCUAAACCUCUACCGGAGAUAUAAUCUUCGAGAUUCUCAAGUAUCUGCCUAUACAAGACAGAUUUUGCAUGGUUUAAAAUAUCUUCACGAUCGAAAUAUUGUUCACAGGGAUAUUAAAUGUGCAAAUAUAUUGGUGGAUGCAAAUGGAUCUGUUAAGCUUGCAGAUUUUGGAUUGGCAAAGGCAAUCAAAUUGAAUGAUGUUAAAUCAUGCAAGGGAACAGCAUUCUGGAUGGCCCCAGAGGUUGUGAAAGGGAAACAAACAGGUUAUGGGCUUCCAGCUGAUAUAUGGAGUCUGGGAUGCACUGUGUUGGAGAUGUUAACCGGCCAAAUUCCAUACUAUCACUUAGAAUGUAUGCAGGCAUUGUUUAGAAUUGGAAGAGGUGAGCCACCUCCUGUGCCUGAUUCUCUUUCAAAAGAUGCAAGGGAUUUUAUCCUGCAGUGUCUGAAAGUUAAUCCAGAUGACCGUCCCAGUGCUGCUCAACUCUUAAACCAUACCUUUGUCCAAAGGCCACUUUCCCAGUCUUCUGGCUCUGCAUCUCCUUAUAUUCGAAGGGGUUAAACUCGUCACCUCCAACUAUGAAACAUAAUGAAGAUCUGUCUAUCAUUGGAUAUAAAAUAUUUCCAAUGUUCAGUCUUCAAGUUGCUAGAGUUGGUCCGAGGCGCAUUGUUGUUGUAACAAUAGUUGGUUGUAUUGUGCCUUCAGAAUUCAGAGGUUGCUUGCUUGUAACUAUACUCAAUUUUUUAAGCACUGCUUUGGAUAUAGCAAUUGAUAUGGCACUCCAGAGAGUUAACUUAUCGCUUGGCUUGAAUAUCAUAUUUGAGAAUUAUGGUCCACGUAUUAUUUAAUUACUCGUGAUGAUUUGUCUGUUGUAGCAAUUAAAAUGCCAAAAAUAUCAACAAGCUGUAACAGGGUUUCUGAGUCUUCCCCUUUUGUUUAGUUAGCCAAUGAUAGAAUUCUUAGGAUAAACCUCCGGGAGCAGUAGCAGUAAGGAUUGGAUACCAUGCUAUUUUGUACAUAUCACUUCCAUUAGCAAGAAAUGUUUGUGUAAAUCUUCAUUCCCAAACUAAUUCUAUUCUCAUUUUCAUCUUUGUUUC